GUCGGAACCAUUUGAAACAUAUUAACACACACAUAAAUGUGUAUGUUAAGCAGUUAAAUAACCGCGCGGUCACACUGAAGUGUAUAUAUCAGCUGCGGCUGUGUCGUACAUACUUCAUUCAUGCUUGUGUAGAACGGAAUACGGCAGUGGUUUAGCUGCGUGAUACCAACGACAGCAACGACAUGACUUUUAGUAUUGUUGAGCGUUUGAACACGGUCGGUCGUAGAUUGACACUUUUCGCUUUUAUUUAUUAUAAACCGAACAACAACAAACUAUAACAAAAAAAAGACAAACAAACGCAUUCACCAAUACAAUCAAACACCCAGACAACAAACCAACUAAAACUUCUAACAGCAGAGAAAGAAUAGAGAGAGAAAAUAUGUGCAAUGAGAUUUUAGUAAAUUUUGUGUUCGGCAUUCAGUUUGUAUGGCGUUUAGAUAAACAAGUGCGUCGGGGAGUGUCGUAUAAAUGAAUAUCGACAGAGUGUCUGUCCACGCGAUCGGAUUAUUGAAUUUCCAAAAAGAAAUAUAUCUACGAACUGAAUUUCAAUUGAAAGCGGAAAGUAAAAUUACUGCAAAUUGUGUAAAAAUGUGGUCGAAUGGAAACUAAAAGUGAAAAUCGAUAUUUCCAUUGGAUGAAUUCAAGUGUAUCGAUUUUGCAUUGUGAAAGCGAAAGCGCGUCAGAAUAAUAACAGUGAGAAAUUAUUGUCUACCAAAGGAAGAAAAAGAAGAAGAAGAGGAAGAAAACCACGAUUCACAGAACUUCAUUGUGUGAAUACGAAAUACGAAUACAAUUUGUUAAUUCAGUUCUUUAUUUCGUCUUUAUUUCUUUUGUCUUCUUUUGUUUGGUUCGUUUUGAGUUCGAUCGAUUAAAGUUCAAACAGCGUGUAUACCACUUGAUCGGAGUGCGUAUACAUGGGCACCAGGCGACAAGAACGAUUGAAUGAAUGUUUUUACUUUGCGUCGUUGUGUUUUUUAUUAUUUUUUUAGUUUUAUUUAUUAGCGACAUGGCCGAACGUAAAUUUACCCGUGGUCUUAAUAAACCGGGAAUGGCGGCCCAAUUACGUGAAUCUGUUUCGCAAGUCGUACGCGAAAGUGCAGUGCUUAAUAAGCCGCUAGCCGUUCAGCCAAUUGAUUUUGAAAGUUUUGUUGCCAAAAACAAAACACUCAUCCAAAAUGAUCCACAACGCGAGCUUCUUAUUUAUCCGACUGACGAUGUAUCGCAAGUUGUCUUACCACGCAAAUUCCGCACUACUUCCAAUUUCAUACCCAUAUUGCCAACACUUAAAAAAGAAGUCAGUAGCACGAAACUGUCAAAUGGAUCGUUGAAAACAAAUGGUUCGCCUUCGUCGAAUUCUCUGGCAGACGAGGCCAAGGAUGAGAACAUAACAAAUGGUCAUAAUCCACCAUCCUCACAGUCUCAUGGGCUGUUGCUCACGAGACAAGCUCUACACACCUAUCAGUCGAAUAACCACCUCGUCCAUUACAAAUACAGUGCGUACAGUGGAUCCUAUCAUGAACUACCCAAAUCCUCUUCAGAAAGCACCAACAAAGAAGAAGUGUACGAAGUUGAUACCGAUCCAGAUCGAAUCGACGAAGAAAUGACACGAUCACAAGCUGAUUCUAUAACAAAACAGGGAUAUUUAUAUAAAGGACCAGACACAGCCUCCGAUCGAAUGUUUGCUCACAUUGGAUCAAAGUCAUUUAAACGAAGGUACUGCUACUUACGUCAAGAAGUUGAUGGAACAUACAUUCUGGAAUUGCACAAAGAUGAAAAACAAUGUGAGGCCAAGGCGACAAUUGUCAUGGACUUUUGCACUGAAGUCGUGCAGAAUCCAAAACGGGGACGAUUCUGUUUUGAACUUCGAAUGACAGCCGGUCACAAAUCAUUUACAUUGGCCGCAGACAAUGAAAGUGACAUGCAAGAUUGGUUAACAAAACUGCAGUCAGUAUUAAAUCAGAACAAAAUUCAAGAAGACACACGAUCCGCGACACUGGAAAGGGAAAAGACACCAAAUCCGAAUCAAAAUCCGAAUAUAUUUGGAACGUUGAAAGGUUUGGACCAAAGUAUGAAUCCGCAACUCAUGAAGUACGGACGAGAAACAGAUAUUUCGAUAGCACAAGCAAGGCGAGAACAUCGGCGCAAGCUAUUCAACUGUUAUUCGCAAUUGUUGCGACCAAUCACACACAAUGAAGUUAUUGAUCCGUACAGAGAGCAAUUUGGCCACAGAAUAUUGAUCAAAUGUGAUAGUUUAAAGUUUCGAUUGCAAACACCCUUGGAGAAUUGUGAGAAGGAAACAUAUGUACAGGCUGAGCCAUACUUUACGAGCUUAGCUUUGUACGAUGCUAAGAAUGGGCGCAAAUUAACCGAAAAUUUCUACUUUGACUUGAAUUCGGAGCACGUGCGAGAUAUGAUGGUCACAAAUCAAAACACGUUAACAAAUGGACAAGCCAGUGAAACAAAUGGUGUAAAUGGAACCGAUGACAAACCUAAAACAAUUCAAUAUCAAACAUUGCCCAAAGAAUUCGAUGCGCUGCCAGCCGAUUGGAUGAAGAGACCCAAACAAGCCGUUCUAAACGUCACCACACCACAUCCAGACGUCUUUUUAGUGGUAAAAAUUGAGAAAAUUCUCCAAGGUGGCAUCAAUAACACGUCAGAUGCGUAUUUGAAGGCGGGAAAAGAUCCAAAAAUGGGACCUAAAUUAAACAAGAACGUAAAACAAUAUUCGCAAAAAAUUGGACAUUAUCGCAUGCCAUUCGCGUGGGCAGCACGACCACUGUUCCGAUUGUAUAGCAGUGACUUGGAUUCAGCCAUUGAGUUUCCGGCGAUCUAUCGACAAGAUGCAAACAAACUGAAAGACGAAGAUAUUCUGAAACUACUGACAGAGUAUCGAAAACCGGACAAAUUCAGCAAACUGACUGUGAUACCAGGAUUCCUGAAAAUCAUGACCGAAUCCAUUAGCGAGUUACCAAACAAUUCCCUCACGACAACAUUGAUGCCGUUGAAACCAUUCCCGAUGCCACCGACAGCUGAACCGUCAUUUGAAAUUGCAGAAUUUUCUGUGAAUUUAGAUCGUGACAUGUAUCCAUAUACGACAUUCGUGAACCACCUGUUCAUCUAUCCACAGUCACUGAGUUUCGAUAGUCAGAAGCUAUUUUCGCGCGCUAGAAACGUCGCUGUAACCAUCGAAGUAAGAGAGAGUGAUACGGAAGGAGCGAAAUCGAUACCGUGUAUGUACGGUAGAGCAGGUCAAUCAAUGUUGCUCGAUAAGAUUUCUUGUCCAGUGCUACAUCACAAUACCAAUCCGACGUGGUAUGAGGAAGUAAAGAUACGAUUGCCAUUGAAUAUAACCGCCAAUCAUCACCUUUUGUUUUCGUUUGUUCACGUUUCGUGCGAUUUGUCAAAACGACGCGAUGCAAACACAUCAUACGAGAGUGCCGUUGGAUACUCGUGGAUGCCGUUGCUAUCGAAAGGAAAAAUUAAUGUGGAAGAACAAGUUUUACCCGUUGCCGCUGCACUUCCUGCCGGUUAUUUGGCAAUUCAACCGCUUGGAUUGGGCAAAGGCAAUGCAGGUCCGGAUAUUCAAUGGAUUGACAAUCAACGGCCGAUCUUUGCGAUCAAUUUUCGUUUGGAAUCGACUGUUUUGACCACCGAUCAACAUUUGCACAAUUUAUUUGUACAUUCGGAACGUUUGCUGCAACAAGGAAAAUUGACCGCACAACCGGCUGAAUCGGAGACGUGCAAAAUUCUAAAAGCCGCUCACGCCAUUCAAGUCAAAUCUGUAAUCACAUUCUUGCCGACGAUUCUCAAUCAAUUGUUCACACUGCUGGUUAAUACGACGAGCGAAGAUAUUGCAUUGAAUGUGAUCCGAUUGUUGAUCAAUUUGAUUCAUACGGUAGCUGAGGAGGCUGGUCGUAAGGAAUUGAUUAAUUCGUAUGUGAAGUUUGUAUUCCAAACAACACACUUCCUACCGAAAAUGAACGGAAAUACGGUGCACAGCGAAUUGUGCCGAUACCUGCCAUCCAUCUUAAAUCCAAGCAACACUGACUUUUUAGUAGUGAACAAAUUCAUGAAAUACUCCAACAUCUUCUUCGACAUUAUUGUCAAAAGCAUGGCUCAACAUUUGCUGCACUCCGGUCGCAUUCGAAUGCAUCGAAACGAACGGUUUACCGAUGAAUUUGAGGCGAAAGUCGAAAACUUAUUUGAAAUACUCGUGCCAUAUCUAUUUACACGUCACAAAGAUCUGCCAAAUGAAACACAAAUUCUCAACAAAAACCUGUCAGUAUUUAUAAAACGCUGCCUAACGUUCAUGGACAGAGGUUUUGUAUUCAAGUUGAUUCGAUUGUAUUUGGAUCGCUUCUCAUCAUCAGAUCUCCGAAUUUUACAUGAAUACAAAUUUGGAUUUAUGCAAGAAAUCUGUUCGCAUGAACACUAUGUUCCAUUGAAUCUGCCAAUUUUACUGUCACCAAACUCACGCCAGCCCAAUUUGAUACAGCGAUUUACUUUAUCGGAAGAAUUUUGUCGGCAGCACUUUUUGGCCGGUAUUCUACUGCAAGAAGUGAAAAGUGCUUUAAACGAAGUGGGUCACAUUCGGAAGAUGUCGUUGAAUGUGCUAAAAGAGAUUUUAGCGAAACAUGACUUGGAUGAUCGAUACCAAGGCAAAGGACAAGCAGCUCGUUUAGCGAUGAUUUACAUUCCGUGGCUUGGAAUCGUGAUGGAGAAUCGAUCACGCAUUUUCGACGGGAAUGAAUGUCGACCAAUGGAUUCUAUGUCAAUUUGCACGAGCCGAUAUUCAACAGGUGGCAGUUACGUAUUUGGCCGUGAUUCAUUGGUUAGCUCGAACAGUAUUAUGUCGGCAAAUAGUACGCCAAAACUUCGAUCACGACUCAAUCAAACUAGCCCGUGCCGUACUUCGCUUUUAUUGAAGGAUACAAACUAUUUGGCCGCCAUAGCAGGUCAACAACAAAUCCUCCGCAAUGGCCAUUCGACAAAUUCACUUGACUCAGAAUGUUCAGCACUCUCGAACGACACAACAAUACUGGGAAGCUUAAAUACUCAAUCGGAUUCAACCAUUCGACCGGGACAUGCACGCUCGAUCAGCAUGGCUCAGCCACCGAUGAUACCUCGACUCGAUAAAUUCAACGAAAGUGAAACAAAAGACUUACUCAUUUGCUUCUUGUUUGUUGUAAAGAAUUUGAGCCAAGAGCACAUGAUUCUCUGGUGGCAAAAUUGCACAGAAAGUGAGACAAUUUCAUUUUUCGGGAUUUUAGACUAUUGCCUGAUCAAUUUCCGUUAUGUGGGCAAAAAGAAUAUCGUGAUGAAUGUUGGUUAUUUGAAUACAAAGCUAAAGACGAGCCGUUCACAUACUUUGCCAGCGCGUGUAUCACCGCAAAAUGGAGAAUUCCCGCAUGAAAGCGGCAGUAGUGGAACAUUGAACCACAGUAACACCAGAGAAAAUUUAGUUGAAGAAGCGACACGGUCACAGAUUGCCUCUUUAGAAUCGAGUUUAGCUGCUGAAGUCGGGCUCAUAAUUUUGGAUUGCAUGGGACUGUAUACACUUCAAUUCCGUGAUAAAAUGCUGGAUGGAUCAGUACUGCCAAAACUGGCACAAGUUUACCUUCGAUUUUUACAGUUAGGUCAAUCAGAGAAUCUAUCCAAACAUGUUUUUGCUGCUCUUCGUGCAUUUAUCAAUAAUUUCUCGACUGCGUUAUUCCGUGGCAAUGCCGCUUUAUGUGGCCAGAUUGUGUAUGAAUUGCUAAAAUGCUGCGAUAGCCGUUUGACAUCGAUUCGUCAAGAUGCAUGCGCCGUUCUCUAUCUGCUAAUGAGGAGUAAUUUCGAGUUCAGUGGCCGCAAGGGACUGACCAGAGUACAUUUACAAGUCAUUAUUUCAGUGUCACAAAUGAUUGGAAAUGUAAUUGGACUGAACAAUGCUCGUUUCCAAGAGUCAUUGUCGAUGAUAAAUAGUUAUGCGACAAGUGAUAAGGCAAUGAAAGGAACGGGUUUUCCAACCGAAGUUAAAGAUCUGACUAAACGCGUACGAACCGUUCUAAUGGCCACCGCUCAAAUGCAAGCACAUCACAUGGAUCCAGAACGGCUACUUGAAUUGCAACAAUCUCUUGCUAACUCAUAUUCAACGCCCGAACUGCGUCACACUUGGUUAGUCACAAUGGCCCGAAAUCAUGAACAAAAUGGUGAUUUGUCCGAAGCUGCAAUGUGCAACCUGCAUAUUGCCGCUCUCAUCGCAGAGUAUUUAAAAUUAAAAGGUAGCGGUUUUGUGAAUUGGGGAGCCGAAGCAUUUGGUCGAAUAUCUAGAAACAUCCCAGUGGAUGAAAAAGGCCUCAAACUGGAUAGCGGAACACCAGACUCACAAUAUACCGAACAAAUGUUAUUGGAACAAUUGAAAGACUGCGCUGAGUAUUUGGAUCGGGGCGAAAGAUAUGAAUGCUUGGGGGAAUUGUAUCGAUUGAUUGUACCGAUUUUGGAAAAUAAACGAGACUACACUAUGCUAGCACAAUGCUAUGAGCACUUAGCACAAAGCUAUAGCAAGGUCAAUGAAGUCAAUCGAUCGGGAAAACGCAUGCUGGGACGAUUUUAUAGAGUCGUUUUCUUUGGACAGAUUUACUUUGAAGAAGACAGUGGCGUUGAAUACAUUUAUAAGGAACCAAAGCUAACUUCGCUAAGCGAAAUUUCCGAGCGUCUUUAUAAACAGUAUAAAGACAAAUACGGAGCUGAUUGUGUGAAAAUGAUUCAAGACUCAUCGCCGGUAAAUGUGAAUGACCUUGACCCAAAAGUAGCCUAUAUACAAGUAACGCACUCGAAACCAUACUUCUGCAAAGAUGAGUUGGAAACACGGCAGAAUUUCUUUGAACAAAAUCAUGAUGUGGACACAUUCCAGUUUGAAACACCAUUCACCAAGAACGGCACCGCCCACGGAAGCGUUGAAGAGCAAUGGAAGCGGCGCACCAUUUUGACAACAAUGUACUCGUUCCCAUAUGUGCUGAAGCGGAUACCGGUGAAACACAAGCAGGCAAUCGAACUAAAUCCAAUUGAAGUUGCCAUUGAUGAAAUGCAAAACCGAGUUAGUGAACUGGAAGAGGUUGUUAUGCCACCGAUCGAUGUGAAGAAAUUGCAAUUGCGAUUGCAAGGCAGUGUUGCUGUUCAAGUGAAUGCAGGACCUCUUGCGUAUGCUAACGCCUUCCUCAAUCCCAAAGAGAACGGCGAAGACAAGUAUUCCGAAGAUAAGAUCGAUGAAUUAAAAGAUAUUUUCAGAGAGUUCGUGUCAAUUUGUAAUACAGCACUUCAAGUGAACGGUCGCAUGAUAUCAAAUGAUCAACGCGAAUACCAUGCUGCACUGAAAGACAAUUAUGAAAAACUCUGCAUUGCUUUGUCUGAUUUGCUCGACGAAUCAUUUUUACCAAUUGACGAAAGCAACUCAGUGCAUCGAAACAGCCUAGCAUUGUUUAGUGCAAUCAGCGGAGCCCCAAAUAACUCAAGCACAGCAUAAAGAUCAGACAAAUCUAUCGUAUCAACAUAACAUCUUCAAAUUUACUCUACACUCUUAUGACAUUUACUGAUAUAUUAGAUGCUUUUAUUAAUUCAAGAAUGCCGAGAUAAACGCAGGAAUCACAUAGGUACCGGAAAAUCACAAGACACGCACAGGAUAUUUUUUAUAAACUCUUAAGCAAACCUAGACAAUUCACAUUAGCAUGAAUAUUAGAACAGCCUUCUGAGAAUUAUUUUUAGAAGCUUCAUUGGAAUAAAUCCACAAAAAUGUAUUAAAUCAAAAAGAAACGAUUAUGAGUUUAAUUGAAUGAAGAAAAAAACGGUCAUUUCAAAUAUUUUUUUUUUCGAUUACACUUUAAUUUUCGGUUUAUUGCUAUUCGUUUAGUUGGUUGUGAUAAUAGAGUCACUUGUCAGUGGAAAAUAUAAAUAGUGCUUAUUUAUGUUGGAAUGUAAGCGAAUAAUUCGCACAAUAUAGAUAUUGUACUCAUUUGAUGUCUAAAGCUUUAAUAGCGAACAUAAUGAGUAGAUUGGAAUUUUAGCAAAGGAAUUUUUCACAUUUUCUUUUUCAAUAGACGAUUUUUAAAAUGAAUUCAAAGACCAUGACACAAUGGAUCAGGAACUAGCACGAUAGAAUCUAUAUUUUUACCACACCGAAGCCAAUUCAAUUUCAAGUAGCACAACGCACAAUUUCGAUUGUGGAAUAAUAGAGAUAAAAUCGUUUCAUUUAAUCCUAUUUUAUUCAUCGCAAAACGAUGGCAUUAACAUUUGUGUGUGUGUAUUAUGAUUUACGAAAAAAAAAUAAACUUUAUCAAUAUUUCAUUCGAGUCAUCAUUUCUAGUGUUGUAAAUGUUUUUUUAGUGUCUAUAUUGUCGCUGUAUAUUUGUUUUCUCUCAUUUUUUUCUCUUGAUAUUUUGAUAACUUAUAAUAGAAAUAGGAACGAAUCUAUGAUCAAAUCGAAUAAUAAAUAUUAACCAUUAAUAUUCUCAUAGAAA